AUGGAGUGCGGCGAGGGAAGAGGGAGGGGGAAGGGCAAAGGGGAUGAGAAGGGGAAAGGGAGGAGAGGGGUGGCGGGAGAUGGCAUUGGAGGAGGUGCUGGUGGAGGAGCUGAUGGUGGUGCUGGAGUUGGAGGAGGUGCAGGUAGUGGUGGUGGUGCUGGUGGUGGCGUUGGAGGAGGUGCUGGUGGAGGAGCAGGUGGAGGAAAAGGUGGUGGUGCAGGAGGUGGGGCUGGUGGUGGAGUUGGGGGUGGAGCAGGCGGGAGAGUAGGAGGAAGGACUGGUGGAGGCAUUGGCGGUGGUGCCGGAGGUGGAGCAGGUGGAGGCGUGGGAGGAGAGGCUGGAGGAGGCCUUGGUGGAGGUUUGGAGGUGGGGCUGGUGGCGGAGUAG